CGUUCCUUAACACCGCAGACAGAGCACGAAGCGAAGCGAGACAAACCCCACUUCCCCUUCCUCCUCUUCGUCUCCGUCGGCGGCGGACCAGGGCCGAAGCAGCCCUAACCCUAGGCAAGGCGAAGAUGGUGUUCUACGCGCUGUUCGUGGGUGCGGAGCUUGACUCCCUCACCAACCUGCAGCCCCGCGGCGGCUGCGAUGACCCCAACUUCCCCUACUACCUAAAGCUGCGGUGCGAGAACUGCGGGGAGACCACCGCCAAGGCCACCUACGUCACCCUCAGCGAGGCCGUCGACCUGCCCAAGGGACGCGGCACCGCCAACCUCGUCCAGAAGUGCAAGCUUUGUGGGAGAGAUGGAACAAUUUUGAUGAUUCCUGGGCAGGGGACGCCACUGACUAUGGAGCAAAGCCAGAAAGAAGAAAAGACUUGUUUGAUGGUCUUUGACUGCAGAGGCUAUGAACCUAUUGAGUUUUCGUUCGGUGAUGGCUGGAAGGCUGAAUCUGUGCAUGGGACUCCUUUUGACAUCGACUGUUCUGAAGGUGACUUUGCUGAGUACGAUGAGAAGGGAGAAUGCCCUGUAGGGUUAGGCAAGCUGGAGUCAACAUUCAAAGUGGUGAAGAAGCACGAGAGGGCUGGGAAGGCUAGAUACGUCUAGAUCCGGAGUCUUCUGGAGUCCUCAAACAUUGGAACUGAAGUUGUAUAAAUAUGAAACCUCACUGUCAAUCUUGUUGUUGAACUAAAUCUUGUGCGCUUUUCAGACAUCCUUUUGUUGCUUCCGUGGAUGUCAUGAGUUUUUGCUGAGCUUUCAAUGAUAUAUGGCCGGCCACAUGUCAAUGUGUUGUGUUAGGCCA